AAGUUGGCCCAUGAAAAAAAAAAAGAAAACUUAUAAUAGAAUAGGAAGAAAAUAUGAAUAUUCCAAAAUAAAUAGGAUGCUUUUAUUGGCUUGUAAGUUGGGUGUGAGAGAGUGAGUGGCCCUCAAUCUCAAUUCUCACCCCUUCUUCACACUCGAAUCCAACUCACCAAACAUUCAUUCCUUUUAUGCCAUAAUAAUUGUUCUUUCUCCUUUUUCUUUUUAUUAUUCAAAACCAAAACCCUUUCAAUCCAAUCCUCCCACCAAAAAUGACCUCCUCUCACCACCACUCCGAGCUAGACUCCUACGCCACCGACUCCGUCGCCUCCUCCCCACGCUCCGAUCAUCAGCCUCACGACCUUCACACACGUGUCCGCUUCAUGUGCAGUUUCGGCGGCAAGAUCGUCCCCCGACCACAUGACAAUCAGCUCCGAUACGUCGGCGGUGAUACUCGCAUUGUAGCCGUUCACAGAGCCACCAACUUCUCCGGUUUACUCACCAAGCUCUCUAAACUCUCUGGCACUAGCGACGUGAUCGUCAAGUAUCAACUACCGAAUGAGGAUUUGGAUGCUCUGAUCUCAGUGACCACAGACGAGGACGUGGAAAACAUGGUGGACGAGUACGAUCGAUUAGUUCAAAACCAAAACCCGAAAUCGACGCGCCUCCGGAUUUUCCUAUUUUCCAAAGACGAGGAAUAUUCCGAAACCAGUAGUAUUACUUCGAUCCUCCACGGCUCCACUAAUCGGGACACUUGGUUCAUCGACGCGCUCAAUAGCGGUGGCGCGUCGACCGGUCUUCAGAGAGGCCGCUCCGAAGUUUCUUCAAUAGUAUCCGAAGUACCGGAUUAUCUAUUUGGGCUUGAUAAUCCCGAUGAUCCUCAGAAUCGCGGCGGUGAUCCCAAGCAUAAAUUCCGACCCGUUUUGCACGAUUGCGUCUCAGGUUCGGAUCCUGGAUCUCCCGCUCCAAGAGUUUCUUCGCCGUUUUGCUCCACUUCAUCUGUUCCUUCCGUCCAUCUAAUCCCCAACCUCCCACCGGUUAGAACCAAAUCAGAAAGCCAAUUCCCGAUGACCGAAAAGAGCGAAACACCCAUAUCACAACCGGCUGGGUACACAGAAAACUCCAUGAUGCAUUACGUCACAGCUGCGGACACUCUUUAUCCGGCUCAACCCGUACGCCAAGUGCCCCUUUACUAUGUCCCAACUUCGAUACCGCCGCCAGAAAAUUUCCCAAUCCAACAUGUUUCUGUUCCAAUACGGGCGCCGUAUGUUCCGGUGCAGCAGUAUCCGGUGGUAACGGGUCAGAUUCCGGUCGGGUACCAUUAUCCGGUUCAAGGUGUGGAUGCUCAGGUGUAUGGUGGUGGAGGUCUGAGGCCUGCCACGUCACUGGAUCCACGUGAUCUUUCGGGGGCCAGAUUGGUCCCUGAUGGAGUGAGCCAGCAGCAGCAGAUGCUAUAUGGUGUCAGAAAUCAAGUUCCAGUGUAUCCGGGUAUGGCAGUACCCGCCCAAGGGGAAGAUUUGCGAGGACCCGGGUUUGGACUCGAUUUAAAGAUAAGUAAGGUCAACCAUUCAUCUUGAUUCUUGACCAAUUAAAAAAGCAAAAGAAUAAUCAUAAUAAUAAACGUCAAUGGGGAUCAUUGAUUAGUGAUUGAUUGUUUGGUAUAUAAUUUUCUAUUAGCUAUAUGUGUAUAAACAUUUUUUGUUUUGAGGGAUCGAUGAUUGUAUGUUCAACUGUAAUUAGCUUCUUGAUUUGUUUUUCUUUCUAGUGUGAUGAACGUGAAUGGUUAUCUGAUUUUGUUUUUGUUAUAAUAAAGAAAAAAAAGUUAAAAAAAAAA